CCCGCCUCAAUCCCCGGGCCCGGCCAUCUCGCUGGGCGGCUCGCGCUGCGCUCGCUGCUGCUGCUGCUGUUGCUGCUGCUUCACUGCGCGGUGCAAAGCGGAGCGGAAGGCGAGGGUGGAGGAGCCGCAAGGGGAGUGCAAGAUGAGCGAGCUCCGGCAGAGGCUGGGCCGGGAUGCCGACGGGCAGCAGCAGGACUCGGAGGGGAAGGAAUCAGAGUUUGAAAGCAAGCUGGAUGGAGAAACCGCGUCAGACAGUGAGAGCAAAUCGGAGAUUGCCCAAGCAGCGCCGGUGGAUGACACCCCAGAGGUCCUUAACAGGGCUCUCUCCAACCUGUCCUCCAGAUGGAAGAACUGGUGGGUGAGAGGCAUCCUGACUCUGGCGAUGAUCGUCUUUUUCUUCAUCAUCAUCUACCUGGGACCCAUGGUCUUGAUGAUGAUCGUGAUGUGUGUGCAGAUCAAGUGCUUCCAGGAGAUCAUCAGCAUCGGUUACAACGUUUAUCACUCCUACGAGCUGCCCUGGUUCAGAACCCUAAGUUGGUACUUCCUGCUCUGUGUGAACUACUUCUUUUAUGGAGAGACUGUGACGGAUUAUUUCUUCACUUUGGUCCAGAGGGAGGAGCCCUUGAGGAUCCUUAGCAAAUAUCACCGCUUCAUUUCCUUUGCCCUCUACUUAACAGGCUUCUGCAUGUUUGUUUUGAGCCUCGUCAAAAAGCACUAUCGACUCCAAUUCUACAUGUUUGGCUGGACCCAUGUGACUUUGCUAAUAGUUGUUACCCAGUCCCACCUCAUCAUUCACAACCUGUUUGAAGGAAUGAUCUGGUUUAUCGUCCCAAUUUCCUGCGUCAUCUGCAACGACAUCAUGGCCUACAUGUUCGGCUUCUUCUUUGGACGCACCCCGCUGAUUAAGCUCUCCCCAAAGAAGACCUGGGAAGGCUUUAUCGGAGGUUUCUUUGCCACCGUGGUGUUCGGCCUGCUACUGUCGUAUGUGAUGUCUGGAUACAGAUGCUUCGUGUGCCCCGUGGAGUUUAACAAUGACACCAACAGCUUCACCGUGGACUGUGAGCCCCCCGAGCUCUUCCAGCUGCAAGAAUACAACAUCCCCUUGGUGCUUCAGUCUGUCAUCGGCUGGAAAACAGUUCGGAUGUACCCCUUCCAGAUCCACAGCAUUGCACUCUCGACUUUCGCCUCUCUCAUUGGUCCCUUCGGAGGGUUUUUUGCCAGCGGAUUUAAAAGAGCUUUCAAGAUCAAGGACUUUGCCAACACCAUCCCAGGGCACGGAGGCAUCAUGGAUCGGUUCGACUGCCAGUACUUGAUGGCCACCUUUGUGAAUGUAUACAUUGCAAGCUUUAUCAGGGGUCCUAAUCCGAGCAAGCUGAUCCAGCAGCUGCUAACUCUGCGACCAGAUCAGCAGCUGAACAUCUUCAACACGCUAAAGGCCCACCUGGUGGACAAGGGCAUGCUGGCUGGCUCUGAGGAUGCGUAGGCGCCUGUGUCGUCAGGAUGGGACUGAGCAUGGGCAAGCCCCUCACCCCCCAGAGGAAACCCUCUCCCAGCUUGCCUGAUUUAGGACAAUAACCAAGCCUCAUGUCUCUCACUUCCUUUUCCAUAUAAAAGGUUUGCAUUUGUGCAUUUUUAAAAAGAAAUGUAUCUAUAUCUCUGUGGCGGUGGUUUGGAGCAAACAGAGGGGAGCUUUUAGCUGGGAAGGAACGGUGGCCCGGAAGGAGGCGCUCGGCUGAUGGUUUUGGAAGGUGGUUUUACCCCUCAGAUCUGCCCGGUGGUUUUUCUUAUUCCCAGAUGUGUAUAGAAAGUUGUGCAAGGCUCGUUCUACUCUCAGAGCAGCGGUGCUUUUGUAGCGGGGAGAGGGAAGAGACAGGGAAGAGUGCCAAAUA